UUCUUCCAUUUCCUGAAAGCCCUAGCCCCCCCGCUGUUACUCUUUUCCAUCGAAGAGCAAGCCCAGCAAUGCCGCCCAAGUUCGACCCAACCCAAGUCAUCGACGUCUUCGUCCGCGUCACCGGCGGCGAAGUUGGUGCAGCCAGUUCGCUGGCUCCGAAGAUCGGUCCACUCGGUCUCUCUCCCAAAAAGAUCGGUGAAGACAUAGCCAAGGAAACCGCCAAGGACUGGAAGGGUCUCCGCGUAACCGUCAAGCUCACCGUCCAGAACCGUCAGGCUAAAGUCACGGUGGUCCCGUCGGCGGCUGCGCUGGUAAUCAAGGCCUUGAAGGAGCCGGAGAGGGAUCGAAAGAAGACCAAGAACAUCAAACACAACGGGAGCAUCAGCCUCGACGACGUCAUCGAAAUUGCUAAGGUAAUGAGGCCGAGGUCGAUGGCUAAGGAUUUGAGAGGGACGGUUAAGGAGAUUUUGGGCACGUGCGUUUCUGUUGGUUGUACGGUCGAUGGGAAAGACCCCAAAGAUUUGCAGCAGGAGAUCGAUGAUGGCGAUGUUGAUGUUCCUUUGGAGUGAGAAGUUUGUUUUUUUUUUAAGAUUAUUAUUCUGUUUGUCUUUUGUUAAUUUUGUUUAAUUUUAAGAUUUUGGACAAUUUGCGGAUAUUUUUAUCAGAGGUUGUUUUUGAGGUUAAUUUAGAUGAUUUUAACAAUUAUGGGUCCUUUAAUGGCUAUAGAUGUGAUGUUUAUUUA